AUGAAUGAAGAACCAGAUGAUUUGACAUCGUUGGGGGUGGAGCUGGUAGGUCAGGACACAUUAGAGCACCAAAUUGCUAGUAUGGCCGAUACUGCAAUGUUAGAACGAGAUAAAGAAUUAGAAUUGAAAAGGUUGGAGAAGACUAAAUCUCAAAUUCAAAAGUGGCAAUCCAAGCAAAGGUCCUUGGAAUCCAAAAUAAAUAGUAGGAACACAAAGAUUAGUGAAAGAGAAAGGUUUAGAAAAGAACUGAAAGACAUAGAGGAGAAUGAAUUAAAAGUUUUGAGGGAUGAUUUGAAGGAAAUUAACACCAGACUUCAGGAAACAAUGAAAGCAUCUUCUCUGAAGGCAAAAGAGACAUUAGACGAAGUUGAGCAACUACCAAAUGAGACAAAAAAAGACUUUCUGAUAAGAACUGGGAAAAUCACUGCUUUUGGAUCUGUCAAUGCUUUUACGCAAGACAAUCCCGAAGCUCCUGUAGAGAAGAGCCAUCAAUCUCUAAUCGCUCCAGGGAUUGAUGAUGAUGAUGAUUAUGUUUACCCGGGAGAAAUUGAAGAAAUUGAAGAAAUCGAAACGGAAAAUGAGUCUGAUGAUCAGGCCGCAAUAAUCUCUUCAAAGAAAAGGAAAAGAGCAAGAUCCAUUGAGCACGAUGAUGUGUAUGUGAACAGCGACUCAACUGAAGAUGAGUAUGAUACCCAAACAACACGACAAUCAAAAGAUGAAAUUCAUAAUAUCGACGAUGGAGAUGAUGCGUUCUACAACGCACGGCUUAAUGCAUGGGUUACCAAAAGAUCCCAGAAGCGUGAAGUUGAUGCAAACCCCGACGAAGAAGAAUGGUUUAAACCACACCCCACGAAACAGGAUGCUAUCCUUGAUGAUGACUACAGACUUCCUGGUGAUGUUUACCCUGCCUUGUUUGAUUACCAAAAGACCUGCGUUCAAUGGCUCUGGGAACUUUAUUUGCAGAAAGUUGGUGGCAUUCUGGGUGAUGAAAUGGGUUUAGGAAAAACGGUCCAGAUUAUUUCUUUCAUAGCUGGCCUGCAUUAUACUAAAAAACUGAACAAGCCGGUCAUCGUUGUAUGCCCUGCUACAGUGUUGAGGCAAUGGUGUAACGAGUUCCAUCGUUGGUGGCCUCCUCUUCGUGUCGUAAUUCUUCAUGCCAUAGGCACAGGGUUAUCGGGAAGCAGAACUUCUUUACAGAACGAAGCGUCCAUUGAAAAGCUUUUAGAAGAAGAAGAAUAUGGUAGUACUAAAAGCCUUGCAUCUCUAAAAGCGGAGUCCAGGGUUAAAGAGUUGAUCGAUUCGGUUUUUACUCGAGGACACGUUAUCAUAACCACUUACGUGGGAUUGAGAAUAUAUUCCAAGCAUUUAUUAAAACGGGAUUGGGGUUAUGCUAUACUGGAUGAAGGCCAUAAAAUUAGAAACCCAAACAGUGAUAUCUCCUUAACAUGCAAGCAACUAAGAACACCCAACAGAGUCAUUUUAUCUGGAACACCGAUUCAAAACAACUUAACAGAGUUGUGGAGUCUGUUCGAUUUUAUAUUUCCUGGACGACUGGGAACUUUGCCAGUAUUCCAAAAUCAGUUUGCGAUCCCCAUUAAUGUGGGAGGAUAUGCAAACGCUACAAAUUUGCAGGUUCAAGUUGGUUAUAAAUGUGCAGUUACACUUAAAGAUCUCAUAUCACCUUAUCUCUUAAGAAGAGUGAAAGCCGAUGUAGCCAAGGAUUUACCCAAGAAAAGUGAAAUGGUGUUGUUUUGUAAGUUAACAGCUCCUCAACAUGCGCUAUAUGAAAAGUUUUUGAGAUCUGAUGAAUUGUCCAGGAUUCUCCAGGGCAAGAGACAAGUACUUUAUGGAAUUGACAUUCUUCGAAAGAUUUGUAACCAUCCUGAUCUAGUUGAUGUUCAUGCAAAAAGAAGAUCGAAAAAGGAUCCAACUUAUGGAUCUGCUUCUAAGUCAGGUAAGAUGCAGGUGGUUAAAAAAUUACUUGAACUAUGGAAAAGCCAAGGACAUAAAACUCUUCUUUUCACUCAAACUCGACAAAUGCUGGACAUUUUAGAAUCAUUUUUGGAAAGGUUGAAUGCAAAGGGUGCUGAAGAGGAAGAUUUUGUACCUUUCAAGUUCCUAAGGAUGGAUGGUACCACUUCUAUAGGCGUUCGACAAUCUUUGGUGGAUGUAUUCAAUAAUGAUCCGUCCUAUAAUGUCUUUCUUUUAACAACCAGGGUUGGAGGUUUAGGUGUGAAUCUUACUGGUGCUAAUAGGGUUAUCAUUUAUGAUCCAGAUUGGAACCCCUCCACUGAUGUACAGGCAAGAGAAAGGGCUUGGAGAUUAGGUCAAAAGAAAGAUGUAACAAUCUACAGACUAAUGAUAGCUGGAUCAAUUGAGGAAAAAAUCUACCAUAGACAAAUAUUCAAGCAGUUUCUCACGAAUAAAAUCUUAAAGGACCCCAAACAGAGACGAUUCUUCAAAAUGAAUGAACUACAAGAUCUAUUUACCUUGGGAGAUCCUGAUGAGAAAGGUACUGAAACUGGAGACAUGUUUAAUGGGAUGGAGUAUAAUUUCAAGGGUACCAAACCCAGACACUCUCAGAAGUUGAGUAAUCGUGAACGAAGUGAAGAGCCCCAAGAUGACUUGGUAAAAUUAGCGCAAAUAAAUGGUGUAUCUGGACUCCAAGAAUUUGAUGGAUCGAAAGACGAGCAAAUGGAUAGUACUUCAAGACAAGAAGAAGAGUUGAUGUCCGGACUUUUCGCCUCAUCGGGUGUACAUUCGGCCCUUCAACAUGAUUCUAUCAUGGACUCAACAGAACCCGAACAAAACGAGGCAGAGUUAGAAGCUAGAAGAAUAGCUGCCGAAGCCGCAAAUUCUCUCAGAGAGUCAAGGAAAUUAGCCCGCAAAUCGAAAAUUGGAGUACCUACAUGGACUGGAAAGUUUGGAAGCGCCGGGAAAAUUCUAAACAAGCAGCGGUUCCGAGACAACGCAUCCGGUGUGUCGUCCAGUUCUAUUCUUCAAAGUAUAAGAGCCAAGAGAGAUUUAGACACGAAGAAAAAGGAGAGGCCGGAUUUCAAUAAUGAAGACAACGACCGAAAAUUACUGAUCAGAAGAAUAAAUGACUUUAUGUUGGUGCAAAAUGGAUACAAGGCUGACUCGCAGACCAUUCUUAACAGUUUCAAAGAAAUCAACAACAUCAUUCUUAUGAGAUCUAUGUUGAAGCAGAUAUGCAAGUGGGAUAGCAAAGAAAAAGUUUGGAUUUUGAAAGAUGAGUACGUGGAGUGA